AUGUCGCAAUACUUCGGCACAAGGAUUACGAUAAGAUCGACUCCUCGUAAAGCUUCCAACACUAGCGGCCGUCUUAUCAAAAUAUGGGAAUAUGAGUCGGGACGCAAGAGAAGGAGUGUUGAAGUUCACCAUCCGAAAAACAUCACAGAUUAUCAACGCAAGAACACUGCAAGAAAGUUCAUCAACUUCUCUUGUCUCGAUACAAUGAUUUCAGAUUGA